CUCUGAAGGGCAGGUUCCAUCUAUGUGAUUGUUUCCUCAUGACAAACUCAAAAAAGAAGAGGGGAAGAAGUCUAAAGAAACUCUUCAGGUUUGUGAGGGUCAAAUGAAAUUAUGUACAUAAAAGCAACUAACACAUGUGGUGUGCUCCCUUCCUCUUGGGUAAAAACAUGUAAGGAAACACUUGUUGAGUUUGUACUGUAUACCUAGCACUUUUCAUACAUUCCAUUUCACAGUCAACAAGUCACCACAACCAUGUGAGAGAGGCAUUAUGACCGCAUUUUAGAUAAGGAACCUGAAGGGGAGUAACUUGAGCAGGUCACACAGCGAGUCAGGGGCACAGGCAGGAUUAGCACCCGGAUCAGUCCUUAGAGCCAGCUCUUCCCCACAGGGCUUCCUUGAGAACAGAAAACUUACGAAAAAGGUCAACUUCCCUCUCAGCCUGGGCUCUAACCUCAUGUCCUCUUUCCCUCUGGGCCUCUGCACAGGCUGUUCUCUCAGCUGGAGACUUCCUCCCUCCACUCCCUUGCCUUCACCUGGCUAAUGCUACUUAUCAUUCUCAGUCUCCUAAUGCUCUGUACUUCCCCAUGGGACCCUGCCACACUGCGAGCUCCAGGAAGGCAGGGACUAUGUCUUGUUCACUGACUGGCACAGAAAAGGCUCUCAAUAAAUACUAACUUAAUGUAUUCACUCGACCUAUUAUGGGCCAGAUCCUGUACUCUUGGGGAGGGGCAGACAUUAAAUAGAAUAAUCAGGGUGUGGUCAACAGGGAGCACCUGUCGGAGAUCCCAAGGAGAGUGGACGGGGUGAGGAGAUGGGGGUAGAGUUAUACCCCCCGCACAUACUGGAUCUCUGUGGGGUCGAUUGAAUUCCUUGACCAAAGGCUACAGCUCCUGUCAGAGGGCCCUCCUUAUACAGAUAUUUUGUGCAGGUUCCAAUAAUCUCCCAGCCCUCCGCCUUUAGACCUUGGGGAGGUAAAGUCUCCCUGCUAUUGGUAGCCACGUGGCACUGCUCUAUCCCUUGUGGGAGUCCCAAAACACUGUCUAUGCUUUUGUAAAUCCUUCCUUUAUUAGAAUCUCCUUAAGUUACCCCAUCUGAGAGCAUGCCAUCUGUCUCCCGCCAAUACUGAUAGGAAAAAGCUUAGCACGUCUGAAGAACAGAAAGAGCAGUAUGGCUGAUUGGGUAAGUGGAGGAGGAGGUGGUACAGCUAAGACAGGGUCUAGACCUUCAGGUAGGCUGGGACUAGCUCAUUGAGGCCAUUAGGAAUCUCGACGGGUGGACGGAAGGAAGAGUGGUUGCAUGAAUGAAAGCACACUAGUUAAGAUAAUGCGCGCCUGCCUGAGUAAACCAGUGAACCAACGGAAGGAAUGGUGGGUGAGAGGCCUCCUGCCCUCUAACCGGGCCCCAGUCAGGUGGAUUUGCCGACGACGCGGUCUGUGUUCUCUGCUCGGCAGGACGCUGGAGGGCCCGGUGCCGGAGGAGCCGGAGCUGGAUUGGGGCUCCGAGGAGCCGUGCACGGGGUCCUGCCACGCACAGCGCAUCCUGCAGACCCUGAAUGCGUAUCGGCGGAGCGGCACCCUCACCGACGUGGUGCUACGUGCCGGCGGCCACGACUUCCCAUGCCACCGCGCAGCGCUUAGCGCGGGCAGCACCUACUUCCGCAGCCUGUUCGCGGCUGGGCAGCCAGAGCGUGGCCUGGCUAUGGUGCCCGUGGUACCCGAGGCGCCGGGCCCUGCCGGGACAGCGGUGGCGACGGCGCUGGCCGUGGUGCUCGACUACCUGUACGGAGCGGGCGUGCGGCUGCGCGCGGAGGACGAAGCGGCCGCGGUGCUGGCGCUGGCCGAGCGACUGGGCGUGGCAGGCCUGCGCGAGGCCUGCGCGCGCUUCCUCGAGGGUCGCCUGCGCGCCGCUAAUAGCCUGGCGCUGCGUCGCGUGGCCGCUGCCUUCUCCCUCGCCUCUCUGGCCGAGCGCUGCGGCCGCGUGCUGCGCCAGGCCUUCGCCGAGGUGGCGCACCACGCCGACUUCUUGGAGCUGACGCCCGACGAGGUGGCAGCGCUUCUGGCCGACCCAGCGCUGGGCGUGGCGCACGAGGAGGCCGUGUUCGAAGCGGCCAUGCGCUGGGUGCGUCACGACCCGCCAGCCCGCCGCGGACAGCUGCGGCGCUUGCUGGAGCACGUGCGCCUGCCCUUGCUGGCGCCCGCCUAUUUCCUGGAGAAGGUAGAGGCCGACGAGUUGUUGCAGGCCUGCGGUGAGUGCCGCCCGCUGCUGCUAGAGGCCCGUGCCUGCUUCAUCCUGGGCCGCGAGACCGGCACACUGCGGGCCCGGCCGCGGAGAUUCAUGGACCUAGCUGAAGUGAUCGUGGUCAUCGGCGGUUGCGAUCGCAAGGGGCUCCUUAAGCUGCCGUUCGCCGACGCCUACCAUCCCGACAGCCGACGCUGGACCCCACUGCCCAGCGUGCCCGGCUUCGCGCGCUCAGAGUUCGCGACCUGCACUCUCCGCAAUGACAUCUACGUCUCUGGAGGCCACAUCAACAGCCGUGAUGUGUGGAUGUUUAGCUCCCAUCUGCACACCUGGAUCAAGGUGGCCUCACUGCACAAGGGCAGGUGGAGGCACAAGAUGGCGGUCGUGCAGGGGCAGCUGUUCGUGGUGGGCGGCUUUGACGGCCUGCGGCGCCUGUGCAGCGUAGAGCGCUAUGACCCCUUCUCCAACACCUGGGCUGCUGCGGCCCCGCUCCUAGAGGCAGUGAGCUCAGCUGCCGUGGCACCCUGCGCCGGCCGGCUCUACGUGAUGGGGGGCGCCGGGCGGGACGGCGUCAACACCAACAAGGUGCAGUGCUUUGACCCCAAGGAGGACCAGUGGAGCCUGCGGUCACCAGCGCCCUUCUCGCAGCGGUGUCUCGAGGCUGUUGCCCUGGAGGACACCAUCUAUGUGGUUGGGGGCCUCAUGAGCAAAAUCUUCACCUACAACCCUGGCAUGGAUGUCUGGGGGGAGGCAGCUGUCCUCCCCAGCCCUGUGGAGAGCUGUGGCGUGACUGUGUGUGAUGGGAAAGUCCACAUCCUUGGCGGGCGGGAUGAUCAUGGGGAAAGCACCGACAGGAUCUUCACCUUUGACCCCAGCAGUGGGCAGGUGGAGGCCCAGCCAUCCCUGCAGCGCUGCACCAGCUCCCAUGGCUGCGUCACCAUCGUCCAGAGCCUGGGCAGGUGACUCAUACUUGAACCAGGAGGUGGGGAGGGGAGGGAGAACUCAGGUUCACCACUGCUCCCCUCAUGGCAGCUCGGUGUAAACAGCCUCUUAGCUUACUGCCCCUUUUCUUGUAGAAAUAAAACCUCCUUCAAAGGUUGGGUCUGUGUUCCAGCUCAAGCCUCCUUUGCCUGGAGAAGUAAUGCCCAGUAUCUGCUCCCUGCUUUGACUCUUUACAAAACACCUUCAUGUUAUUACCUCAUUUACCGUCAUAAUAGCAGCGUGGACAUUUUAAAAAAUUAUGAAAUAUUUCAUGCAUAAAAAGAAUAUAUUUUGUAUAGUUUAAGAAUCAUAAUAAAAUAAAUAUGUGUUCCCACGACCUAGCUUAAGACAUAGAUCACUAGCUUAAGAAAUGCCUUUGUAGGCCCCUCUAUUUCCAAACCCAUCCCUUCGCACGUUCCUCCCAAGAAUUGUCACUAUUCUUAAAUUUCAGAUUAUCGGCACUUAAAAAAAAAACCUUUUAGUGAGCUAGUUACUAAUAUCUGUAUUUUACAGAGAAGCAACUGAUUUUAAAAGAUAAGGAGACUCACCCAAGGCCACAUACUUAGUAAGAGGCAGAAUCUAUGACUCAUAGAUUCCAUGAAGCUUUAGAAUCUAUGAGACACUUCUGGCCAGGAUGGUUCUCCCUUUCUAAACCACCCUCUCCAAUUCAAACACCUAUAGCAAUGAUAGAUAAAAUUAAAAGCCAGACAACUGAGGCAUAGGCUUGUAAGUAAGCAAACAUGUCUGAGGACCAGAAACAGAAUUGUAAAACGUAAGGCAGAAGCUCAAGCUUCUAAAUUCAGAUUCUGGGAUAAAGGCUUUAAAACCAGGAUGACAAACCAGGGUCACUGCUAGAAGCCUGGGCCAAGGUGGGGCUCCCCCGCUCAUGAAAGAAGCUGAAACAAAACAGAACAGUUGUAGAACCCUGAGCAGCCUCGGGGGUCAAGACUCGCAGUAAACUGGAGGCCCCCGGUAGUGGGCACCAGAGCCACAGGCCUCUAAGACACCAAUGAGCCCAGCUUUGCACCUGGAUGUGUGAGAUCCCCAACAUCAACGUGGGGUACAAGCUCCUGAUGCCAUUAUAAGCGCCUGGGUUGGUCUGGGGCUGAAGGGCAGCAACAUAAAACUGCUGGGUCGGGAGGGGUGAACUCAGUAGAAAGAGAGGGAACAAAGGACUGAUGCCACAGACUCUGUGAAUCAAGGCCCAGCGGUUCAGAUUCUGUGCCUGUAUUUCUGAGGCCCAGAGGAGCUAGCCAGGCCCCACCUGGGGCUCCCCUUAUUUGCACUCAGAUUGCCUUCUGAAGAGCUGUCAUCUGCUCCUCCAUCUCCUCCAGCACAGGGCCAGCACUAAGCCCCUAGCCAUCUUCCAAAGCCCCAGGGCCCUGUCUGCAGGAUCUCUCCAGCUGGGGCUGACCCAUCACAGAGCAGCAUAAAGGCCCGGGUCCCAGCUGAGCUCCUACCCUCCGAUUAUCCCAGAUUAGGGAGCCUGUGACCAUCUGGACACAGCUGAUAAUGGCAGAGGGGGAGGGGAGUGGAGUAGAGGCCCAGCCUCAGAGCCUUCCUGCUCCCACCCCAUGCAUAACACCCAGGACAAAGCAAAGGUGCUGUACUGCUUGCUUACCCAGGCGAAAGCCGGAGUGGAAAGGGUAGGGGCAAAUCCAGGGCAAGCUCUCCCCAGAGACAUGGGCAUCUUACCCAGGCUCAGCACUUCUGUGUAGCCAGACAGAUUGCCCAGUUUCCCCCAUGAUGGCCAUUUGUGCCCCAGUGCUUGCUCAUGCAAGUGCCAAUGCCCUUUGCUGCUCUGUCUGCCUGGGCAGACCUGACACCAUACACCCAAGAGCUGACCACUCCCUCCUUGUACCCCUUCCUUAUCAGCCCUUCUUCCAUCACCUGACAUAUGGCCAGGCCUUCGUGUGACAUCUCUGGUCUCUCCUGACACACCCAUAGGAUGCCUCUUGAGGCAGGAAAGGUGUCACCUUCAUCUCUGGGUCCUCCAGUGACUGGAACAAACCCUUCCACUGAAUACCUUAAAUCAAGGUUUCCUGGAUUUCUAUCUCAUAAUACCUGUGAGGUAGUUACUACUGCUCCCCUCCCCACCUCCCACCUCCGAUUACAAAUGAGUAAACAGACUCAAGAGUUGUGAAGUGACCUGCUAACUAAGGUCACAGGGCUGGUGAGUGGUGGCAGAGCCAGGAUUCCAACUCGGGUCCAGCUAUCUCCAAAGUCUGCUUCCUCCAUGAAGCCUCUGCUAAUCUGAGAAAAUGGUGUGGGGCACAGCAAAGCAGUUGUUUAGAAGCAGGAGAUAACAUCAUUUCCACGUGGGAAAUUCCAGCUUGAUAGGAUACUGUCCCUGACCUUCUGGGCUUCCGACUUGAUGAGACAUGGUGCUUGUCCCUGGUGAGUGAGGCUCACAGGAACACAAGCAAAAGGUGACAGCCACGUGUCCUAAUUACAAGGACUACUGGUUAGACCGAGACCAUAUACAGAGGAUCCCUCUGGCUCCUAGUCCACUGCUCUCUGGCACCCCAGGCUGCCUGCUGAAUGUGAACUGUUACCAUUCAGUUCAGAGGGAAGCCAGACAAGUCCAUGACCCCUUAGCCACACACGGGUUUGCCAUCUUCUCACCGGCUGAGAACAGAGACAACUCUUGGUAUGCAAUCAGAAAACGAUGAACCCAAAUUUAAUUUUUGAGUUUCUUUUUUGAGUAGAUCUAUUUGUAAAGAUUGAUAUUUUAUGACUGUAAUUCUUUCUUAGCGGGCUUUCAAAGAACAAGGAGAACUUUACUUCUUACAUAAUAGAAUAAAACUUUCUAUUUUGUAAUCACUAUAUGGACUUGUUGAAUUCUUUUAUAAAUCUGAAACAUAUCCAUGCUGUAUAUGCUACCCACCCAUUAGUACAGGAAAAAACAUAGUAUAUGUAGAGUUCCCUACUAUCUGCAGUUUUAGGUAACCCCUGAGGUCUUGGAACGUAUCCGCUGCAAAUAAGGGGGGACUACUGUAUUAAGUUGUUCAAGAGGAAAGAUUUCAUCACAUAAUUCUUUGUGACAAAAACCUGGACUAUCCCAUUUUGCUCAAAGACAAUGUGACAGUAUGUAUCUUUCAUGAUGACUAUGCCCCCAAAUUUACUUGGUAGUUUGUUACAGUUCAUAGAGACAAGCUGAAGGCAGCUGUACAUAAAGAUGAGUGGAGAAAAACAGAUGCUGUAGAAAUUUUUAAAAUUCAUUGGUCAUCUGAAUUGACCUUUAUAAAUCUAAAAGUGAAAAUGUUUUAAAAUUAUGAAGCAAAGAAAAUGGCUAUCCUCUCUUCAACAAAGUUAUAAGCAACCAAUUUUUUUU